GCGACCGCUUGAUUGAAAAGAGGAAGCUCGUGACAUUGAGUCUCGUUUAGGAGGCUCGGAUCGUGCAACAAGUCCGUAAAGUGCGGGAAGCAGUGUGCGCAACCACUUGCUUCGUUGCGGGCGUCGCCGGAAAAGAAUAUAUUUGGUACCUGGGUGAACUUUGUGGCCAUCCCCUUAAUCCCAGCUGCGAAGGUCGAAUCGGCAAUUAUCGUGAUUUACAUUAUCGUUGCGUUGUCGUUUGGCGUUAACACGCCGUUGUAUGCAUGUGCAUCGUUUAUUCCAAGUCGAUGAAUCACUUUGCAAGUAGGACACGCGCGCUGUGCAUGUCGGAAUAAGCUGGACACGCAUUAUUUCGCUUUGCCUUCAACACUUGACCAUUGCCCGGUCGCGGUAGCCUUUAUUCGUUGCUCAUUUCAAAUCGUUCUAUGAGCGAAAAGCAGCAAGGUAGAAAGUGGAACGCGCGUGCAUGCUCGCCUCGGCGUGUAACCGCGUUUCGCACGCCGGAGGCGACGUUAAUUGUAUUCGUGCCGCUCGGAAAACGCGUGUCAAAAGUGCUCAAAAGAGACGAAAAGAGUGCAUUGCCAAGGUUGCGUGAAAAAGAAUUCCGUGACGGCGUCCGCAGGCAGCUGAGCGAUCUGCACUGGCAAGCUAGGCGUGAGUGCCAGUCUCGAGAAACAAUUGCGUUUUUGCAACGUCACGCGUGCAGAGUGAAUAAUAAGUCGCGCGUGAUACGUUCCCGCAGAUGUUAGUUUAUUGGACGUAUGUUGACAUAUUGGGUGUGUGGGAAUGGCAGAGCAAAUUUACUGAGCAUGGUGCUGGCUUUUCUGUAACAUAACGUGCCCCAAAAGGCACACAAUUUGACCUAUAGUGUUUGUUUCUGUCGGACAGGAUGCUAUUGCACAUAGGCCAAAAAUAAAUAUAAACGUCCUUGCUCUUGCCAUCCUAAUGACCUUGAUUAAUAAACGUGUUCAAGUAGCAUACUGUUUAUUGUAGUAUCAACAGUGCCAUAAGUCAUAUCAGUAGUAGUGUCAUAAGUGCUUUACAGCUGUAGCUUUAGCUGUGGCAUCAUACAAUUUUGCUUACAGCAUGCAUGUUCUGCAUGCGAAAGGGCCAUUAAGCAGUUAUAAGUUUAAGUUUCUCAUUCCUUUGCUCCUCAUUUAAACAGACUGCACACAAUGUUCUGCUUUGUAGCUAUGAUGCCGAUGCACACCAUGCUGCAUUUUGUUCAGAACUUUGCAGCUGUUAUCGCAGUGCAGUGAUGUAUAUUGCAGACGUACGCAGUAUUGCUCUUACGAGUUGGCUCUCAUGUGACAUGCCCCAGGCAGAGCAACGGGAACAGGGUGGCAUGGGCAAAGCCAGCCAUAGAUGAUGCGAGCUGAAGCAUGUGUGAGCAGACCCGGGUACUGCCAGAGUUUGGGGGCUGCCAGGCGAGCAGACGGCGUGCAGACCCACUGGACAAGAGCAGCAGCCUGUGGUGGCGGCUGACCGGCCCCAGCCGACACGCAGCGGCACGCCAAGCCAGCACUGCAGAGGGUGUCUACGCAUCUAUCAAACCACUGGCCAAAAGCCUGCCUCAUGUUGACAAGCCGGUGCCUUCAGAGCUGUCUGGUGAGCCCUUGGGCAUCCAGUCUAAUAUGCGGCAGCGACAGCGGGCGUCAAACUCGUCCCUGAACCACGCAGACGACCAGUGGCAGUCGCGUAGCCUGAAUGCUUCGCCUAGUGACACCUUGGACUCGCCUGCAGAUGCAGCAAGUUCCAUCUCACGCUCGUGUGAGUCUUUGGAUGAGCCUGAGAUUGACUAUUCGGACAAUGAGGAGUCCUCCAGUACUGAUGCUGCCAAAGAAACCGCCUUCAAUGAGCCGUCAUCCCAUCACUUCAGGCGUGACAGGGGGUCACCAAUCUACGCCAACUUUCCACCGCUACCAUGUCCUCCGAGCCCACCACACCCAUCACCUGAGGAGCAACCGCUGCGUUUUUUGAGUGACCACUGGGCUGAAUUUGAUGCUCGUGGUGUUGGCCGAAAGUUCUAUUACAACUUUCAUACGGGACAGCGCUCGUGGAAGCCUCCCAGGCGCCGAGGGGAGCUGCCUGCUGCUCAUGAACGAGAUCAUGCCAACCUAGCUCCUCCGUCGGACUCGCCACGGGUUUCCCAACGCAAGGGUCCACCUCCCCUUCCACCAGCCAAAAAGAAGCCACCCAGCCAAAGCAAUCCACUGUCGUCGAGCCAAGACAGUUUGCUGUCAUCCAGCCGAGACAGCUUGUUGUCCUCUAGUCGAGAGGACCUCCUGUCCAGCAGCCGAGAUAGCCUUUCACAGUCCUGUGCAACUGGCCGUAGCCGUCCUGCUCUAAACCAUCCUGGUUCUUCUUCCCUUCCACGAGAGCACACUAGUGAGGAACCCGUCCAGCACAAUGGCAACAGCAAGUUCUACUUUGCUCGUGGCAGUCGGCUGGCAACAGCUUACCAGUCUGCUACAGACAGGUGGUACAGCUCAGCAGAGGACCCAAGCCAGGUGACUGGUGACAGACCGCGUCUGCUUCCAACCAGUUCUAUUGAGGAGGAGACCGACUCCUGCUGCGACAGUCAGCCACCAUGGGAGCGCAGAGCACUGCCAGCCGCGGCCGAGGGCAGCAGCGGCGCACGCGGCGGCCAUUACACAGGGGUUGCGCCGACGUUGACGCCGAAGCUGAACCGGUUGAAGCCCACGCCUCCACCGGUGCUUCCCUUAUCCUCAUCCCUCUCUGAGGCAAAGCAUGCCAGGGCCAUGAGGACGCGUUCCAUGAUCCUGCCUGAGGACUACCCACUGCAUGGUCCAUCCGUGGCGGAAGCCAUAGAGACCUUUGACACACUAGAGUUGGUGACACGUCAGGGUACGCUGAACAAGACAGAGUUGGUACGAGCAGGCAAGAAGCAGAAGAAAAGCUGGUCACCUGCAUACGUGGUACUCACCAACCGAAACCUGUUCCUCUACAAAGACAUCAAUACGGCACAGGAGAAACCAGCCGGGAAAAGUGCUGAACUUCAGAUAAACCUGGCUGGAGCAGUCAUUGACUGGUGCCCCGACAAGUCUAAACGUCGAAAUGUCUUUCAGCUGAGCACUACAGCUGGGCAAAAGGUGCUCCUCCAAGAUGACAAUGUCCAAACGAGCAAGGAAUGGUUUGACACCAUCAGUGCAGCUAUCAAGAGGCUGCCCAACGGUUUGGGCCUCGUUAUGGGCUGGCAGCCGGAACAGCCUCCCGCUCCACCUCCCCCUCCCGAGGAAAGUGCACCUCCACCUUCAUCCAGCUUUGCAUCUCGGCGUAGCAAGAAGGCUAGCCGAUCCAAGUCCAUUCGCCAGCCAGCAUCACCGCCUGCACCGACUUCUGAUGUUGCACAGCAGCCACAGUUACAAGCUACUAGUGUGGUGGACACCUGUGGAAGCCAGAGCCCCCAGGAGCGAAAGAACCGCAUUCGAAACAAGCUUCGGCAGUUUUUUGUUCGAAGGCCAACACUGGAAAGCCUUCAGGAGAAAGGCAUCUUUAAGGAUGAGCCUGUGUUUGGUUGCACACUGGCACACUUGUGUGAGAAGGACCGAUCAAACGUGCCUCGGUUUGUCCAGGAAUGUAUCCUCGAGAUCGAGAGGAGAGACAUGACGGCUGAUGGUCUUUAUCGUGCCAGUGGCAACCUCUCUCAAGUGCAGAAGGUCCGGUGCCAUGUCAAUCAAGAUGAUUACAGCAUCCUAGCACAAGAAGAAGACAUCCAUGUGCUGACAGGAGCACUCAAGAUGUUCUUCCGGCACAUGAAAGAGCCUCUUUUCCCCUACAAUCUGUUCCUCAAGUUCCUCAAGGCAAUUGGUCAGCCCACAAGAACGACUAAGAUGGCCAUGUUUCGAGAUCUCCUGUCUGAGCUGCCACGACCAAACUAUGACACACUCAAGUACCUGCUUAGGCAUCUCCUGAGGGUGACAGAGCACAGCGACAAAAACCGCAUGCACAUCCAAAACCUGGCCAUCGUGUUUGGGCCAACACUGCUGUCGUCAGGCGAGGAGCCCCGAAACCUGGCUUUAGACAUGAUGCAACAGAACCAGGUCAUCGAGUUCCUCCUGCUCGAGUUCAACUUCCUGUUUCCUUGAACACUGUUCUUCUUCUUCAUACUCCCAAAGAGCAGGGAAAUCUACCCCUGCAGUUUUCAGUUCCUACCGCUACUACUGCUGUGGCACUGCUGCACUGUGGUCGUGACACGCGGAGCACCCACUAAAGUUGUCCAGAAUUCCGCUUGCACCAUGCAAGCAGAAGAAGAGUGUUGUGCCCUUGUUAACCCCCCCCCCUCGGGUAAUUCCUAGCCAUUCCUUCCACGUGGAUGGCAUCUCCUGCCGCAUGACAACAGAACAGUUGCAUGCUUAUUCGGGACGUCGACCUGCUAAAAUACAUCUCGGAGAAGUUGCAGACACUGUGCUCAUGCUGUGCCCUAUAAAUGGUGACAUUGCUUCGUGCCUGCCACUAGGUGCCAUGGUUCCGAGUAAUUGCUGCAAGACUGUGCUUUGGUCGCUCCGGAUGCAUGCCCAUCAUCCAUCAGCCGUUACGGCCAUGGUGCCGUCAUCAUGGUUGGCCUCACCAUCAAGAGACACCAUGUUUUCGAGACUGGUUUAGCUGAUAGCCGUGUUUGAAAUAUUUUGAGGCCAGAGGUUGAACUCUCUGGGCCUGCUUUUAAGCUAGAAUAGAUUAAUGUUAUCAUUCCAAGUGCCCAAACUCAUCUGUAGUGGAUCACUGAAAGUAUCUGUUCUCCUUUAAUUAUUAUUACUAUUAUUUUUUCUUUUUGCCUUGAUGUAGCCGUAGCAGUGCUCGAAUGGAAGUGGCAGCUCUUGCUGCUCAGCUUGAACAGAAUUCAUGGUUCUGCAAACAUCGUCAGAAUACUAAAGUGGAUUUUCCCUCAUGAAUAAUUCACUGCCCUUGUGAAAGGAAGCCAGGGGAAAGCAAGCCGACAGAUGGGGCUAGUGUGCCUAGAAAAACUUUUAAUAUGCAAGGUAAAGACAUCUAUUCUAUAGAAGCCCAUAUUAGGUCUUCAACAAAGAAGUUGUGUGCAAUUCCACAAUGUUUAUGUCCUAAUAAUAUGAGAAGUAUAUCAGCUGACAUGCAGAGUUGUGUUGAGCCAGCCAUUGCAUUAGCAACUGCAGUUACUGUGUACUGAAACUCUUGUUCAUUUUUCUAGGAAGGCUAGUGGGCUCCUCGUUUUAGCUGAAGAUAAUGCGCCAACUGUGGCGAGCAUCUUGUUUGUUGCACUCGAGCGCAAUCAGCUGGAAGGUUGUUUCUAUCUAUAUCUUUGACUGCAAAAUGCGUCUUGUACCUGUGGUUUUUGAGCAGCAGUGGGCAAAUUAGGCCGUUAUAGUCAGCUGAGUGUUUAAAAAUGACAACCUGACCGGAAGUCAGAGUUUCUGUUGCACCUUCCCGCACACCUUUGCCUUCUUGCUCCAUUGUUGAGAGCUGGCUGGUUUUCUCGGUGAAAUUUCAGACAGAGCUGCACAAAACAAAGUGUACAAAGGUUGGUAAAUGUGCCAGAAAGUUGUGUUGGCAGUGUGGUGGCAAUAACCUUAAGCAAGUCAUGAUACACUGUACAAAACGGAGUACUCUCUCUUUUUCUUAGAUAUUUUGUUUGUUAGAGGUGCAAAUGUCACGUGCCCAUAUUGCAGUCCUUGUAAUUUAUUGUUCUUCAGUUGAACGCAGGAGUACCAUGAAUAUUGCAAGAUGCUGGUCAGCGUGAAACCAGUUGCAUUGUCUCUUUUAGUUCUCUUCCGCGAAGGAGGCUGUUCUGUGUAAAUGCGCGACACCACAAUCAACAAUUUUGGGGGUACUUUUGAGCAUCCAGUAAAAAGAGAUCUGGCACGUUUGUUAGGUGUUUGUAGUUUAGUUUGAUACUUGUUGCUUUAAGAGAAUGUUGGGAAUUGUGUGUAACAUCAUGGUUCAUGAGGCAUGCAAAUGUGGUUGCUAAUUCUGUGAUAUUUUAUGACAGUAUUACAGCCCGUUGAAAAGGUAUAGCAGUGCUGCCUCUUUUUGUGUGUGUACAAUUUUGACUUAAAAAAAGGCAUGCCAUUGCUUGUGAAUAAAGGAGCACGUAUCAGGUUUAUUUAUUUACAUUCCUCACGGUAUGCUCUGUGCCUUAAGAUAAAAUCAAUGAUAUGCAGUUUUUGAAGGUGUUUCAGGUUUGCCAUUGUGUUGUUGAAUUUAGAGAGCAUUAUAAAUUAAUAGCAAAUAAAGUUGAUUUUU